ACACUUUAAAUUCAAAGCCACUCUGUGUUGAAGAGGCACAGCACAACUUGUUUAUCGGAACGUUGCUAUAAACGUUGUUGUUUUCAGAUAAACACGUGACUCACUAUCUAUCUAUCAAUCGAUAUCUCCGAGUUCAACCGAACCAAACUCCGAAGCUAUGGCAGAGCUCCAAACCAAGGUUGAACCUGUUACGGUCCCGGCUCCGGCUCCGGUGGAUCCCGAGCCACCGCUAGCUGAGGCUCCGCCGCUCGAGAAGAAAGCGGUGGCGGUGCCACCACCUGUUCCGGCUGCGGCAGAGGAAACCAAAGCUCUUGUUGUUGUGGAGAAGGAGAAUGAGAGUGAGAAGAUACCAGAACCUGUAAAAAAGAACGCCUCAGGUGGAUCCCUUGAUAGAGACAUUGCUCUUGCAGAAAUAGAGAAAGAGAAACGAUUGUCUAAUGUGAAGGCUUGGGAAGAAAGUGAAAAAUCCAAAGCAGAGAAUAAAGCCCAAAAGCAGCUCUCUGCUGUUGCUGCUUGGGAAAACAGCAAGAAAGCAGCUCUUGAAGCUCAGCUGAGAAAAAUUGAGGAACAACUAGAGAAAAAGAAAGCAGAAUAUGGUGAAAAAAUGAAAAACAAAAUAGCCUUAGUUCACAAGCAAGCAGAGGAGAAGAGAGCAAUGGUUGAAGCCAAGCGUGGUGAAGAAAUUCUCAAGGCAGAGGAAAUAGCUGCAAAACACCGUGCAACUGGAACCUCUCCAAAGAAGGCCUUUGGAUGCUUUUAAAUUUUUAUUCCUUUUUUUGUUGUUGUGCUUUUGUGCCUGAUGUCAUAGCAAUAAUGAAAUUUUUGUCUAUAAUAUUUUCAUGUUUGUUUUUUAAAUGUUGUUUAUGUGUGUACGAAAUGGAAAGGGGGACACUAUGAAGUUUGUGACAUACAGAACAGCCUCUAGAUCUUUUUGUUAAGAUGAAGUGUUCUAUGCUGUUUAUUCAUUUGUUUUUUCCAUAACAGAAUCAUUCUAUUCACCAAGCAA